AUGACUCCUUUAAGAGGCGAGGUUUCUGAGGAACAAAAAACGCCUUGCUCAGAAGACGUCUCCCCGGUGUUCCUGCGCCUCUACAGAGCGCUGCGGCGACAGAUAAGGUCCUGCAGUGAUCUACCAUCCCGCACAGGCCUGCUAGAAAGGGUGAGUGAACCUGCCGGGGGUAUAUCAUGCCUGGAGGGCCAGAGGCUGUCUGGGUAUGCUGGGAGUUGUAGUUUUGCAACAGCAUCAAAGAAACAUAAAACUUUUAACAGACAAUACAAUGAGUCCUACUUGAAAUAUGGAUUUAUUGGGAUAGGUGAUUCCCACGCGCCAACCCCGCUCUGCAUAGUUUGUGGUGAGCGGCUCUCUAAUGAGGCAAUGAAACCCUCAAAACUGCUUCGCCACUUGAAUGCCAAGCACCCUGGAUUAAAAGACAAACCCCUGCAGUAUUUUGAAAGAAAAAAAAGGGAACACGAAGGACAGAAGAUAUUUCUGAGGGCCACCACAGCAAUAAAGGAGAAUGCUCUGAGAGCAUCAUAUUUGGUGGCUAACCGUAUUGCUAAGGCUAAAAAGCCAUUCACUAUCGGUGAAGAAUUGAUCUUGCCCUCCACUAAAGACAUUUGUCGUGAACUUUUAGGAGAGGCUGCUGUAAAAAAGGUAGCAAAUGUGCCUUUGUCGGCUAGCACCGUGACUAGGCGCAUUGAUGAAAUAGCUGAAGACAUUGAGACACAAUUGUUGGAGAGGAUUAAUACUUCACCGUGGUACGCACUACAGGUUGAUGAAUCUACAGAUAUCGACAACAAGGCAAUACUACUUGUUUAUGUGCGAUAUCUUUAUCAGGAGGAUGUGCAUGAGGAUUUAUUAUGUGCACUAUCUUUGCCAACCAACACCACAGGAGCAGAACUGUUCAAGUCACUGGAUGGUUAUAUAUCAGGACAACUAAAAUGGUCCUUUUGUGUCGGCAUAUGCACAGACGGAGCUGCUGCCAUGACCGGACGGCUGUCUGGUUUAACCGCUCGGAUUAAGGAGGUUGCACCUGAGUGCGAAUCUACACAUUGUAUCAUUCACAGGGAAAUGCUGGCAAGCCGAAAAAUGUCACCAGAAUUUAACAGUGUAUUGAAUGAUGUGGUUAAAGUUAUUAACCACAUCAAAGCAAACGCCCUUAACUCGCGUCUAUUUGAGCAGCUUUGUGAGGAGAUGGACACAGAGCACAGAUGCCUUCUCUUAUACACAGAAAUAAGAUGGUUAUCCAGAGGAAAAUCACUAUCCAGGGUGUUUGAAUUAAGAGAGCCAUUGCAAAGAUUUCUCUCAGAAAAGAAGUCACCACUGGCAGCACAUUUCAGUGACAAGGUAUGGCUUGCAAAACUGGCUUACCUGUGUGACAUAUUUAGCCUGCUCAAUGAACUCAAUCUGUCCCUUCAGGGGAAAAUGACAACUGUUUUCAAGUUGGCUGACAAAGUAGCUGCAUUUAAAGCCAAACUGGAGUUGUGGGGACGGCGUGUGAACAGAGGCAUUUUGGACAUGUUUCAGACAUUAGCGGGGAUUUUAGGAGAGACUGAGCCUGAGCGUUCAUUCUCCCAGUUGGUGCACGAUCACCUGUCUUUGCUUUUAGAAGAGUUUGAGCGCUACUUCCCAACCACAAAAGACCCACGAACUGAUAAGGAAUGGAUCCGCGACCCAUUUGUCAACAAACCAGAUGAAUGUAGCAUGUCUGUACAAGAAGAAGAUCAACUGCUGGAGAUUGCAAAUGACGGCGGCCUUAAAACUGUAUUUGAGACAACAACUCUGCCGGUGUUCUGGAUUAAAGUCAUGGCGGAAUAUCCUGAGAUUGCCACUACAGCUCUUAAGUCCCUUUUGCCUUUUCCAACAUCCUAUCUGUGUGAAGCGGGGUUUUCUGCAGUGACAGCAACCAAAAUAAAACAACGAAAUAAACUGGACAUAAGCAAGACACUUCGGGUGUCAUUGUCUCCUAUUACCCCCAGAUGGAACCGUCUCGUUGCAGAAAAACAAGCUCAGGGUUCUCAUUGAUUCACUAGAUUCUAGUAACUAGAGCGCUUAGUUAAAGUUUAACUGUUAAAAUGUUAAAGCACUUUAUAUUUAUGUAAUUGUAUUUUAUUUUGUAAGGCAUGUUUAAAUACAAUAAAAUAAAAGUUGUUUAA